AUUCAAAUAAAAAAUUCUAUUUUAUUUUAUGUUUUAUUUUUCUCGAAAAUCACCGAAUCGGAUCCUAACAGGAACCCGAAUAAGAAAACGGCAAUAGGAAAAGAAACUCAACGAAGCACAACGGGGCGAGAGGAGGGAUGAAGCUAAGCUCUUCUCUUUUCUCUGUACCUGGUAUACGCACUCUUCGCGCAAAUCUCCGCAGACCCAUCUCAUCUUCUCCGAAAGUAUCACUACCUUCAGCCAUAAAACUCAAAACGCCGAUCUUCCUAAGGCCACUGCAAUUCUCAGCCUCUUUAUCAGACCUCAAAAAAUGGCAUAAGUGGGCUAAAGGGAUGGCUUUGUCAGUCGGUUCAACUUUUGUCGACCUUGACAACGGUCCGGACUCCACCCUUCUCUUCAGGGAACUAAACUGGUUCAUGGAGGACUCAAUUGAAGACCAUUCAUUGAUAUCUCAACUGGGUGUUCAAAAUAAUCCCGAAAAUGUUAGGCUAAGAGCAUCUUUGGACGAGCUUUAUACUCUUUGGAAGCAGCGGAUAGAGGAGAGAAGACCCUUUCAGUAUAUAGUUGGGUGUGAGCAUUGGAGGGAUUUGGUACUGAGUGUGCAAGAAGGGGUUUUGAUUCCGAGGCCUGAAACUGAGUUCAUUGUUGAUUUGGUGGAAGAUGCGUUGUCGAGUAAUGGAGAGCUCGCGGAAGGUUUGUGGGCAGAUUUGGGGACUGGUAGUGGCGCUAUUGCUAUUGGAAUUGGGAGGAUCCUGGGGGCUAGUGGAAGAGUAAUUGCCACUGACUUAAGCCCUGUGGCAGUUGCGGUGGCUUCUUUUAAUGUGCAGAGAUAUGGCCUUCAGGGGAUGAUUGAGGUGAGGGAAGGAUCUUGGUUUGAACCAUUGAAGGAUGUUGAAGGAAAACUUGCUGGUAUUGUAAGUAAUCCACCCUACAUUCCAAGUGAUGAUAUCUCUGGGCUACAAGCUGAAGUUGGCAGACAUGAACCAAGACUUGCAUUAGAUGGUGGUAUCAGUGGCAUGAAUGAUCUUCUCCAUAUUAUCAAUGGAGCUGCCUCAAAGUUGAAACCUAAGGGAUUUUUUGCUUUUGAGACAAAUGGUCAGAAGCAAUGCAAGUUUCUCAAAGAUUAUAUGGAGAGUUCUUACCCAGGCAUCUUCUGCAAUUUUAACAUAGUAUCUGAUUUUGCUGGAGUUGAACGGUUUGUGACUGGAUUUCGCCAAUAAGCAACAUGGAAGGUGAAAAGCUUAUGUAUAUUGACCGUCAAGAAUGGUAAACAACAAAAGUUAGGUGGCAUUUGCAUAACUAAAUCAUCAGACACUAUUGGUUUCCUGGCAGCUACCAUGAACAUCUUGGUUAUGGUCCAAUGAAUGUUAACCUCUGCAUGGCAUCAGUUGGAUUCUGGUUAGCAAUUGAUGUUUUGGAAGAGCUAAAAAGAAAAUCUGUGUAAAUAGACAGUCUCCAUGCAUGAGAUUUUUCCCUUUUUUGGGGGAUUUCUAGGAUCAGCUAACUUGAUGUCCGAAUUGGACUUGAAUGCAUUUCUUAGCACUUUUUAAAAGAAUAAAAAAUGAAAUUCGCA